AUGAAGCCAACCCAAGUUGCUGAUGAGAUGUUCCCUGAAGGUGCCGGUCCGUACAUGGAUCUUGAAGAGGCUGGUGGAUCAACUGGACUACUGAUGGACCUUGCAGCUAAUGAAAAAGCUGUCCAUGCUGAUUUUUUUAAUGAUUUCGAUGACCUGUAUGACGAUAAUGAUCUCGCAUAA